AUGAGCUUGGCCUUGAGCAACGCGCCGAAGAAGGGCGCCCUCAGCAACGCUCCCGGGAACUUGGGACGACUCGGAGGAGGCGAAGUGGUAUCGCUGCGUCUUCGGGAAGACUUCGGUGCCUCUUGGCUCGACUGGGUGAGCGUGGGCGGUGGUGCGGAGCGGGUCGUGAAAAAGAAGUGGGUCGUUUUCCAGAGAAGGCCAGAUGCCAUUGACUUAGUCAAGGCCAAAGCCGACCCCAACUGCAGGUUCAAGUACAAGCUCGGGCCCAAAGAGUUCGAUGGUACCCCCUUGACGUUGGCCGUGAAGCUGGACAAGCCUGCAUUGGUGCGAAAGCUCAUCGACUUCAAGGCGGACCCCGCCUCGGAGUAUUCCAUGAGCGCCGGGCGCUUGCGAGUCCAUUGGACCGGUCCGGCGGUGUGCGGCACGGUGGCCAAAGGGAAUUUGGCCAUGAUGAGGCUGCUGGUGGAGUGUGAGGCCAACCUGCAGGGAAGGGUCAUCAGCUUCAACGGUGAGCCGAAUGGCACGUUGCUCUACGACGCUGGGCGAAGCGACGCCCUCCGCCCGGUCCGCUACCUGCUGCAACAGAAGGGAGAGCCUGACCUGGCAGUGAAGUUUCAAGAUGAUAUGAACAUCACCAAGACACGCAGCGGUCCUGCGCUUUCGGAUGUACUGCAGGAGGUGGUCCGUGUACUGCUGGGCGCCCAAGCGCAGAUUUCGGGACCUCAAGAACUUCGCGAUGCCAUCGACGGAUGCCAUGUGGAGGUAUCGUGGCUGAUCGUGGGGCCUUACCUACAGCGAAUGCUGGCAAUCACUGGGUUUGUGGGUCAACACGUGCCCUUUUCAAUCGAUAGUCGGGGCAUUGACUACCUCUUCCACACCAACAACGCUGUGCUCAUCGCUGCAGCGGCCAAGGGCCUCCGGGGCUGUCAAGAGGAUUUGGCCUCUUGGGUUCAAGCACCUGCGCGGAUUUCGUUCGAUUCAACGGUGACCUUGUCCGACAGCAUGGAAGAGGAGACCCAGAAAUGUGAGCCUCGAAAAGUGGAAUUCAUGAGCCUUUCGGAUUUCGUGCGCUUCCUGGCCACCCCAGAUGCGGAAGAGAUCCUGUCCGCUGUCUUCCGAAAGUGCGAACUGCGCUACUGGCAAGGUGAGAAGCGCAUUGUUUGGAAGUCGGCCUACAUCUUGCACGGGGACAUGAAUGUGGCUGUCGGGCCGAAGAAGGAUCAGAUGGACCAGCAGUUUCACAACCAGAUGCGGCUGGGCGGGGAUUAG